AUGGACGCGGAGCUGGAGGAGCGGUUGCGAGAGGCUUUCCGGGACAAGCUGUGGCUGCUCCCGGCCGAGCUGCACGCAGCCCGUGGCAGGACGGCGGCAGCUCGGGGCCCCGCCACGCUGCCGCUGUCCACCCGUGUGCUCCUGAAGAGGCGGGAGGUGGCGGAGGUGGAGCGGCAGCUGCGGGACCAGCGGCAGGAGUUCCAGCAGCGGAUGCAGCGCCUGGCGCAGCGCCGGCAGCAGCUGGCCCGGAGGCAAGAGCAGCAUCGCGACGCCGUACUCAGAUUCGACUCCUUCCUCCAGGUGCGGGCCCGGGGCCGGGAGGAGCGGGCGCGGGCGGCGGCGGAGCGAGCUGAGGCCGCCCGGCUGCGGCGGGAGCUGGAGCGGCUGCUGCGGCACAGGGAGCGCCUGGCCCGGCGCCUGCGGAGCCUCCGGCCCUUCGGGGACUACCUGCGGGACGCACUGGCCAGGAUGGGGCAGUUCCAGGACGUGCCGGCCGUGCUGGUGCAUUUCGGGGUGCUGGCGGGGGUGCGGGCAGCCCUGGCACGGGAGGCAGAAGCCGGGCAGGAGCAGCUGGCCCAGAGCAGGGCAGAGCUCCAGCGGUACCGCCAGGAGACCAGCACCCAGCUCCUGGGCACCAGGAACGAGCUGGCCCGGCUCCACGCACGCCUGGAGGCUGCCCGCCAAGAUGUGCUCCAGUGGGAGUCCUGCUGGACCCACAUCCAGGGCACAGCCAUCCAGAAGACCCUGCUGCUGGGGCAGAUCAAGCUGGCUGUGCUGAACCUCUUCCAGCAAACCACGGCACAGCUCAGGAUCCCCAUGGACAGAGCCCAGGAGGACACAAAGGCCCAGCUGGAUAUGGUGCUGCUCUGCAUGCAGGCCCUGGCUGACAUCUGUGCCACUGGCACACGCCCACAGCACCACAGGAGUUCCAGGCUGCUUCGGGGCCAGGAAUAG